CGAGCAGCUCUUGGGAUAGUCAGUUUACCAGCUGGGAAAUGGCCAGCUUACUCUACCUGACAUAACUGCGUUAGGCGCUCUAGGUCGCAUUUAUCACUGACACUACUUUCUCGUCUGGAUCAAGUUUCUAGAUGGAGCGCGAGGGGUGGUCUUCGUACACGUUGGAUGAUAAGGGCAUCAGCAUACGGAAUCGCGUGAGGAUGUCGCAAGCCCCGGAGUCGUCGUCAGACUCGUCGCUGGCCAGCUUCAUCAGCAACCUUACCCGUCCGACCAGCUCCUACCGCACGCAGUUCCUGCCGUCGCCGCAGCAGCGGAAGAAACAGCAACCGCAGUCCCAGCAGCAAGCCGACGAGCAGAACGAGCAGGCUCAGAUCGAGCAUCAGGCUGGGCAGGGGCUCAGCAGCACCGAGGGCGACGAGCAACACCUAUUUCCCGCUGACCAGGAGCCGACACAGCCACCGUUGCCGCUUCCCUUCUCUCUUCCUCGCUUUUUCGACUGCCCACAACGGUCGCUGUCGCUCGACCCUCGCAUUCUUCGCAAACUGCUGUUCGAGCGACACGCAGAACCCUCGCAGGACGAUGCGACGGAGGCUGACGUCAAGUCGAGCCCCGCGAAGAAGAAGCCAGAGCUCCUGGAGGAAAAGAAGCACCCGCAGGGGGCGCCGUCAAGCGCGGAGAAAAGUCGCUCGGGCUCGGAAAAGAAACCGUCGCUGCAUCGCCGGUCCUCGCUCCCGUUCCUCAAGGAGGUUCGGGAGGAUGCCGACGCUGAUGAUGGCGGGGAGAACGGGGGCGCGGAGCCGAGCGGCGAGGAGGGGCAGACGCGGGUGCUGCCGUUGGAGAUGGAGAUGUCGCCGCGCACGCGGUGGGAGGAGCUGAGCGAGCAGCAGCUGCUGCACGAGCUGCAGCGCCGCGAGGAGGACGCCGCGCGCCUCAGGCGCCUGCGCGAGCAGCAGGAGCGGGCCGGCGCGCGGGACUCGUUAAGGGAGAGGCGCCGGGACCUGUCGCCGCAACGGGACUUCCUCCCCCGCGACACCCUCACGUGGGUGCUGCUGGCGGGUGGAGCCAUCGCCGCGGCGGCGUCCGCGGUGGGCAACAAGCGGCGCAAGUCGCACCUCACGGAGUCCUGCGUCGGCUCCACCGGACCGUCGGACAGCUUCGGCAUGUCAGGCUCGGGACAGAUGUCAGGCUCGGGAAGUGCGGACGAGAUUCGCAGGUUGAGCAGACGCGAUGGGCGGCCGGAAAGGAGCCUCGACGGAGAGUCUUCUCGAGUGGGCGGGGACGGCGCCAUGAGCGAUCGUCGCGGCAGCAACGUCACGGGGGACGGGGACGGGCGCAGCAGCAGGCGCAGCAGCGGCCUCCACGCCCACUCCCACGACCGCGGAUACGAGCGCAGGCACGCGCACUCGCGCGGGCACGAGGGGUACGAGGGGAGCCAGCGCGGGCAUGACGGGCACCGGGGGAGGCAGCGCGCGCGGGCGGCGGAGAGCGGAGAAGACAGCGGGCAGUCGCGCAAGGCUUGCCUGGGGGAGGCGUACUCCGGGCAGGCGUACCUGGGGGAGAGGCUGGCGCCCGCGGAGCGGGGGAGCUACAGCGAGAGGCGGAGGCGAGGGGGAGGGAGCAGGGGGUCGUACAGGGAGGGCAGUGCGACCAGCGCGGGGGGAGCAACUCACUUUGCCUCUGCCUCCCAUCCGGCCGGUUCUAGCGCUGCUGCAUACACCGCUGAUGCCUGCUCCCCCUCCUCUUCCUCCGCUGCCGCCCUUGCUGCUGCUGCUGCUGCUGGUGGAGCAGGCAGCAGGGCGAGGGCGUACUCCCUAUCCUCGGGUCAAGACGCGGCAGCCGCCACCGCUGCCGCCAUGGCUGCUGGCACAGCCACCGCCGCUGCAGCGGCGCUCAUGCCAGCCCUCCCGGGUGCCCUUCUCUCCGCGCCCUCCCUCCCCCCUCUCGCUCCCCCUCACGACAUCCUAGUAGCGCCAGGCGCCGUGGCUGGCGCAGGCGCCCCAGCCCCAGCCCCUUUCCCAGCAUCGGCGUCAGCAGCAGGGGCUCUCCCUGUUGGUCUCGGUCUGCUGGGCAAGGACGCACCAGAGUUCUGGGCUGCGCUUCCCUCCGACGCACUCAUAGCCAGAGCAGCUGCAGCGGCUAAGGGAAAGGCGCCCCUGUUCACGCCUGAGAGCUCUGCCCCUGGAGCGGGCGGAGGUCCCUCCUCCUCCCUUCAGCUCCGCACGCCUUCCCAGACUGGUGAGCGGGCGGUGCCGUACGCGCCCUUCUCCUCCCCCUCUCCCGGCGUCUUCCGCUUCACCGGCGCCAGCCCCAGCGGCGGCAGCGUAGGGGGAGGUGCAGGCGGUGGAGGAACUGACGCCGCAGGCGCGGGGAGCAGCGGCACGCCGCUGGGUCUCCUGGGGAGCGGCGUGGGGAGUUUCUCCGGGCUAGGGCCAUCCGCGCAUGCGUCCAGCCCGUCUUCCGCCGCUGGUCUCCCCUCCCGCCGAGAGGAGGUGCUCAGGCUGCGCGCGCAGCUGCGGAGGCGGGACGAGAUGAUUCUAGACAUGCAGACGCAGCUGCUGCGCCAGGAGGGGGGGGUUGCGCAGCAGAUGGAGGGGCUGGCGGAGCUUGAGGGCGCGCUGGAGGAGCAGCGCGCGGAAAAGGCGCGCGCGGAGGCGCGGGCGGCGGAGGCGGAGCGGGAGGCGGAAGCCCGAACGGAGCAGUGCCAGGCGCUAGUGCGGAGGCUGAAGGAGCUGGAACGGCGCAUGACGGAUGCGGAAGAAGGGGAUGCGGAAGGAGGAUCCGGCGGAACCAGCGGAGGAAAAGCGGCAGCGGGAGAGUCAGGGGAGGCGGAAAGGGGGCUGGAGGCGCAAAUUGCGGAAGCUGUGGCGGCAGCUAAGGAGGCAGCGCGGCAUGCGGCGGAGGCAGCAGCAGCGGAGCAGUACCGCGUGGGGAAGGCGGAAGGAUCUCUAGCCGCGCAGCGGGAGCUGGAGAUCGCCGUGCGCAGGGGCAGGCAGCUAGAGGAGCAGCUCGCCAAGGCGGAAGAAUCUGCCGAGAAAUGGGAGAGGUUUGCGCGAGAGGCGAUGGGGGAAACUGCUCGGAAAGAGGCGGAGUUAGCGGAGGCAGAGGCGCGAGCCGCCAAGGCAGCAGCAGACGCGGAGCGCAUGGGGGAGGAGUGCGGCGCGCUGGGGGCGCAAUACCUGGCGGUUCAGGAGCAGAUGCAGGCGCUGGAGGGGGAACUAGCGGAGGCGCAGGAGAAGGCGGAGCUUUGGGAAGCCAGGGGCCACGAGGCCGUCUCGAUAGUGGAGAUGCUUGAAGCGGAGCUGACUGUAGCGAAGCAGCAGGCGGAGGAGGCGGAGGAGGCGAAACGGGAGGCGGAAGAGGCGAGGCGAGAGGCAGCGGACGCGAAGCUCGAGGCCGCUAUGGCGCGGGAGAACGUGGCGGACGCUUCCGCGGCAAUGGCGGAAGAAUCGGAAGCGGCGAACGCGCGCGUUAAGGAGCUAGAGGAGCGGCUGGAGGAGAGCGAGGGGCGCGCGCGGUACUGGGAGGUGGCGGGGAGUGACGCGGUGGAGCAGGCAGCCGCGGCGGAGAGGAAAGAGGCAGCGGCCCUGGCGGCAGUGGAGCUGGCGGCGCAGAUUUCGUACCAGAAGGGGCGCAAUGAGAUGCGCACGGAAAUGGAGGCGGAAAUGGGGGCGGCGGUGCAGGCGUGGGAGGGGAAGUGCCAGGCGCUGAAGCAGCAGUGUGAGGCGCUGCAGCAGCGUAAGGGGGGGGAGCUGGAGGGGGAAGGGAAGGGCGCAGGGGGAAGUGGAGAGGGGAGGAGAGAGGAGAGAGGAACAGAGAGUGAAGGAGAGAGUGAAGGAGAGAGUGAAGAAGAGAGUGAAGGGGAGAGUGGAGAGAGUGAGGUGGUAUCAGGGGAUGAGGGGGAGACAGGAAAUCUUGCAGAGGAAGGAGUGCCGACUCCCACCAACACGCCUGUGCCCUUAAUGUCAGCCGCGCUAGAGCAAGAGGUGCAGCUGCUGCAGGAAAAGUUCUCCUCACUGGAACAUUUACAUUCCCUGGCGGAACAGGAGCGCACUGUACUGCAACAGAGGAACUCUAUAUUGGAGCAGGCGCAGUCUGACCUGGAGCAGGAGCGCGCAGCCCUGCAGCAGAAGCUGGAGGAGAGGGAAGCAAGCCUGGAGGCAUGGCAGAAGAAGGGGAAGGAAUAUAGCACCGCAGCUAAAGAGCUGGAGGCAUGGAGGGAGAAGGCGGAAGAGGCAGCGGUGGCAGCAGCAGCAGCAGAGGCGGUCCUCUCUGCAGCGUGCGAGCAGGCUGAAGCGGCUAAGGCCCUGGCAGAGGAACGAGCUGCUGCUGCUGAGGCAGCUGAAGCGGCAGCCGAGGCGGCAAGAGCAGAAGCAGAAGCAGCAGCCGAGGCGGCAAGAGCAGAGGCAGAAGCGGCAGCCGAGACGGCAAGAGGGGAGGCAGCGAGAGCAAAGGACGAGGCGAGUGCAGCUGUGUCUGCUGCAGAGGCUGCUGCUGCUGAGGCUGUUUCUGCAGCACAGGCUGCUGCUUCUGAGGCUGCAGAGGCCGAGGAGCACAAGAGGCGGUACCUGGAGCUGGUGGAGACGCAGGAGGCGGCAGCACAGGCAGCAGGGGACACUAUAACGCGACAGAGGCAGCUUAUAGAGGAGCAGAAGGCGCAGGUGGUGGAGUUGAGUGUGGAGCUGGAGAGGAGCCAUGCUGCUGCUGGGGAGAUUGAGAAUAGGCUUGAGACUGCCGUGAGAGAGGUAGAGGAGAAGCAGAGGGCGCUUGCUGAGGCUGCGACAGCUGUGGCAGUAGCAGAGGAGAGGCAGCAGCAGUUAAAUGCGCUACACGGGCAGCUGAGUGCUGCUAAGUCGCGGGAGGAGCAGCUCCAGCAGGAGGUUCUAGAGGCGAAGGCGGCGGUGGAGGCAGGCGAGAGAAGGGUUGAGGAGCUGAGGCGGAAGGAGAGGGAGGCGCUGGAGGCGAUUGAGGCAGCAGAGGCGUCGCAGGAGCGAGUGGUGGCCGCUGCUGUGCACGCUGCUGAGGCAGCGGCAGAGGAUGUCAGGCAGCAGCUGGAGAGGGAGAGGGAGGAGAGGAGGGAGGAGGUGGACGCAGUGAGAGAGCAGGCUGAGGCGGUUGCAGCGGAGAGGAUUCGAGAGAUUGAAGCAGCAGGAGUGGAGGCAGUUAAGAAGGCUGUAGCCCAGGCUGUAGCAGCAGAGGAAGCGGAGGUGGCUGUGGCUGUGGCGGCUGCUGUAGCAGCAGGAGAGGAACGGGCAGCAGAGGGGUUUAAGAUGGGGGUGGAGGCAGGGAGGAAGGAAGCAGCGAUUGAAGCGGAGAGGGAGAUUGAGAGGGUGAGGGAGGAGUGUGCUGUGCUGGACACGAGGGUUAGAGAGACAGAGGAGAGGCUGAGAGAGAGUGAGGAGCAGCUGGAGGAGAGUGAGGGGAGGGUUGGGGAGAGGGAGAGGAGGUUGAAGGAGAGCGAGAGGAGGUUGGAGGAGAGUGAGAGUAGGCUGGAGGAAUGGAGGAAGAUGAGGGAAGCUCAGGAGGAGGCAUCAGGAGGGCUUGUAGCAGCAGCAGGGGUAGCAGCUGCAUCAAAGGCGACAUCUGAUGCACAAGAGCCAAAAGCAGAAACAGCAUCAGACGCAACUGCGACAACUGGUGCAACAGCAGUGGCUGCAGCAGCAGCAGCAGAGGCAGCCGAGGUGGCAAUAGGGCUGACGCCUCAGCAGAUGGAGGACGUGAGAGCGCUGCUGGAGGAGAAUCGCCAGCUGGACGCCGCCAAGGUGGCAGCGGAGAGGGCCGCUGAGCUGGCGGGCAGUGAGCGGGAUGAGCUGGCGGGGCGUGUGAAGGAGCUGGAGAGCCAGCUGGCAGUGCUGAUUCAGCAGCAGCAGGACGGAGCAGCAGUGCAGCACGGGGUGGAGGAGGCGGCACUCGUGGGGGGGGAUGCUGGAGUGGGAGAGAAGGUGGAGCCGCUGAAGGCGUUUGACGGCCUGUCCACUCGCAGCCUCGCUGGCAGUGAGAGCAGCGGCGGGGAGAGCAGUGGGGGGGAGGAUGCAGAGGUGCAGAUGGGAGCAACAGUGGGUGGAAUUGGUGAUGGGGAGGGUGAGAGGGAGGUGGUGGAGGAGGAGAAGGGGCAGACGGAGCAGGUGGGUGAGGAGCAUGAGAAGGAUGAGGUACAGGAGGAGCAGGAAGAAGAGUCACCACAACAGCAGGAGGGGGAGAAGGAAGAGGAGUCACCACAGCAGCAGGAGGGGGAGAAGGAAGAGGAGUCACCACAGCAGCAGGAGGGGGAGAAGGAAGAGGAGUCACCACAGCAGCAGGAGGGGGAGAAGGAAGAGGAGUCACCACAGCAGCAGGAGGGGGAGAAGGAAGAGGAGUCACCACAGCAGCAGGAGGGGGAGAAGGAAGAGGAGUCACCACAGCAGCAGGAGGGGGAGAAGGAAGAGGAGUCACCACAGCAGCAGGAGGGGGAGAAGGAAGAGGAGUCACCACAGCAGCAGGAGGGGGAGAAGGAAGAGGAGUCACCACAGCAGCAGGAGGGGGAGAAGGAAGAGGAGUCACCACAGCAGCAGGAGGGGGAGAAGGAAGAGGAGUCACCACAGCAGCAGGAGGGGGAGAAGGAAGAGGAGUCACCACAGCAGCAGGAGGGGGAGAAGGAAGAGGAGUCACCACAGCAGCAGGAGGGGGAGAAGGUACAGCAGCAGGAGGAGAAGGAGAAGGAAGAGGAGCUAUCAGAGCAACAGGAGGUGGACUGCAAAGAGGAGAGUGGUAGCGGUGAGCGGGUGGUUGUGCUGGAGUCGUACGGCAGUGGCGUGCAUGCCGUGCAGCCUGUCAUGCACCCUGCCGUGCACCCUGUCAUGCACCCUGCCGUGCAGCCUGUCAUGCAAGAGCCUCAGGAGGAAUCCCCAGGUACAGAGGCGUUCGAGGCAGAGGGUGGCGCUGUGGGGACAGAAUCAGCUGAGGAAACUACAGCGACUCGGGCUGAUGCAGCGACUCGGGCUGAUGCAGCGACUCGGGCUGAUGCAGCGACUCAGGCUGAUGCAGCGACUCAGGCUGAUGCAGCGACUCAGGCUGAUGCAGCGACUCAGGCUGAUGCAGCGACUCAGGCUGAUGCAGCGACUCAGGCUGAUGCAGCGACUCGGGCUGAUGCAGCGACUCAGGCUGAUGCAGCGACUCAGGCUGAUGCAGCGACUCAGGCUGAUGCAGCGACUCGGGCUGAUGCAGCGACUCGGGCUGAUGCAGCGACUCGGGCUGAUGCAGCGACUCAGGCUGAUGCAGCGACUCAGGCUGAUGCAGCGACUCAGGCUGAUGCAGCGACUCAGGCUGAUGCAGCGACUCGGGCUGAUGCAGCGACUCAGGCUGAUGCAGCGACUCAGGCUGAUGCAGCGACUCAGGCUGAUGCAGCGACUCGGGCUGAUGCAGCGACUCGGGCUGAUGCAGCGACUCGGGCUGAUGCAGCGACUCAGGCUGAUGCAGCGACUCAGGCUGAUGCAGCGACUCAGGCUGAUGCAGCGACUCAGGCUGAUGCAGCGACUCAGGCUGAUGCAGCGACUCAGGCUGAUGCAGCGACUCAGGCUGAUGCAGCGACUCAGGCUGAUGCAGCGACUCAGGCUGAUGCAACGACUCAGGCUGAUGCAGCGACUCAGGCUGAUGCAACGACUAAGGUUAAUGGAUCGGAGGGAAAGGAAGAGGCAGCAGCAGACGAGUGCAGUAUGGGUGAGCCACAGGCAGCGGUUGUAGAACAGCCUGAGACCGAGCAGGGAGCCAGUGCUGGCAAGGAGGUUGGAGAAGUGGCAAGUAUGGAAACUAUUCCUGCUGAAGCUACUCCCACUGAAGCUACUUCCACCGAACCUGCUCCCCGCGAAGCUACUCCCGCCGAAGCUACUCCUGCUGAACCUACUCCCACUGAAGUUGUGUCUGCUCAAGCUAUGCCCGCUGAAGCUGUGCCCGCAGCUUUUGGGAAGGAUGAGGCUGCCAACAAGAGUGAGACAGCCAACAGGGUUUUUUCCGCCAACAAAAAUGAAGCUAACAGCGAGGAUGAGCCAGCACCUGAAUCUAGUGGGUCGAAGCAGUACAGCUUCAGCAGGGGAGGAGGAACUUCUCAGAGGGGCCGACGUGGGGGCUAUAAUAGGCGGGGCCAUGGUAGAAGAGGUGGCAAGAACUAGCAGUGCAACUCAGGUUAACUUAUUGCAAGAUAAAGCUGACCUUUCACGGACAUCUAACAAACCUUCUGCUUCUUACUUAGCCCAUUUGUUAGAGGAUAAAUUAUUCAAUGUUGAUUAAAACCAGUUGGGUUACUAUGGUUGUGGUAUUUGCCUCAAAGUGUAGACUA